AUGAUCAGCACUCACCUCAAAGUAGUACAAUUAGACAAGGCAAAAACUACUACCACUCUACCUGUGCUGCUUCUACCUCUUCCUCACUUGGUAGAUAAUUUUCAAAAAUCUAAUCAGACUCAAAAACCUCAAUCACAAGUUAAAAAUAACAAACCAAACCCUCUUAACAAUCUUUUUCCACUUACUUCAACCCAAGAACCACAAUCUAACACUGAUAUGGAAGUCGAUCAUCCACUUUCUCCUCCAAAACCUUCUCCUGUUAAUCAAUUUUUUGCUAAUACUAACUCUACUCAAUCAUCAAAUUUAACUCAAACUAACUCUUCUAAAA